UCGAUUUAAAGAAGCGUCUGGUUGCAAUCCGCCUCCCUCUCGUGUGUUAUCAACCAACCGCCUCCCUCCUCGUCUCCGGCGAGAACCGUUGAGCUCCGAAGAAGGGUCCUCAACUUCUUAAAUCCAAGAUCUCGCACACAGAUCCAUCUCCUACCCAUGGUAACCGGAGCAUGCGCCAUGGAGGUCCUUGGAAGCCCCAGCUUCACGGCGGCCUGCCUCUUGGUCGCGCUCUCCUUAUUUUCUGUUGGCCUCAAGUCUUUGCUUUCAGGGGUGCGGAUCCCUGGGAUCCGCCGCAGGAGGAAGAAGCCCGUCCGGGUUUACAUGGAUGGGUGCUUCGACAUGAUGCACUACGGCCACUGCAAUGCCCUGCGCCAGGCUCGCGCCCUCGGAGACCAGCUUGUUGUUGGGGUGGUGAGUGAUGACGAGAUCAAGGCGAAUAAGGGGCCGCCCGUCACCCCGCUUCACGAAAGGAUGACAAUGGUUGGUGCAGUGAAGUGGGUUGAUGAGGUCAUUCAAGAUGCUCCUUAUGCUAUAACUAAAGAAUUCAUGAAUAAGUUAUUCACUGAAUACAAUAUAGAUUACAUCAUCCAUGGGGAUGACCCUUGCCUCCUUCCAGAUGGUACUGAUGCAUAUGCUCUGGCCAAAAAGGCUGGCCGAUACAAGCAAAUUAAAAGAACAGAAGGAGUAUCAAGCACUGAUAUUGUUGGUCGUAUGCUACUUUGUGUAAGGGAGAGAUCACUAAAUGGCAGUAACCAUUCUUCUUUGCAACGGCAGUUCAGCCAUGGACACAAUCUGAAAGUUGACAAUGUAGGGUCUGCUACAGGAACUCGGAUCUCCCAUUUCUUGCCUACAUCCCGGCGAAUAGUGCAAUUUUCAAAUGGCAAGGGUCCUGGACCUGAUGCUCGUAUCAUUUACAUUGAUGGUGCAUUUGAUUUAUUCCAUGCUGGACAUGUGGAGAUACUACGACUUGCUCGAGAACUUGGAGAUUUCCUACUUGUAGGAAUUCAUACAGAUCAAACAAUCAGUGCCACUCGAGGACUCCAUCGCCCAAUAAUGAAUCUCCAUGAGAGGAGCUUGAGUGUUUUGGCCUGUCGUUAUGUAGAUGAAGUGAUAAUUGGUGCUCCUUGGGAAGUUUCAAAAGAUAUGAUUACCACCUUUGAUAUCUCUUUGGUGGUUCAUGGAACUAUAGCUGAAAAUAUGGAUUUCCUGAAGGAGGAUUCAAAUCCAUAUUCUGUUCCCAUGGCUAUGGGAAUCUACAAGCAACUACAAAGUCCUUUAGAUAUCACAACUAGUACAAUCAUCAAGAGAAUUGUUUCUAAUCAUGAAGCAUAUCAGAAAAGAAACGAGAAAAAGGAAGCAAGUGAAAGGAGGUACUACGAGAACAAAAGCUAUGUCAACGGCGACUAACACCCACUUAGUGAACUAGGAAACAUUAUUCUUGAAACCCCUACAUUUCUAAUGCCUGCAGGGGCAGUUGUUGCAAUAUCGAGCAAGUUCAUCGGCUUGAAUUUUGUUUGUUCUAUAAUUUUUCACAGAAGCUCAUUAUGCAGCUACUAUAUAUAUACAUAUAUAUAUCAGUUUACAGGGUGUAAUUUUGUCAGUUAUUUACCUCAAUAGUCUGGGGCAACAAUCGAUGGAUUUAUUAUUAGUUUUGGUUGCUUCUA